GUCUAAGUUCGGAUUCGUAGUAUUCUAUUAAAAUAGAGUUUCUUUUAUCUUUGUAUAAAGAAACUCGCAGUCCAUUAGAGCCGACCCUAAAUGGGUGGGUCGGGUAGACCAGGUCUACGUGUAUAGGGAGCCGUUUCCCAUCUAACGGCAAGUGCGAGCGUUUCUUUCUUCCUUUCCCUCUUCAAUCCCCAACGGUCACAAAAUCUCUCUCUCCCAAAUACAAAUAUUUUCCUCCUUCAGCCUUUCUCUUCACUUCUUCAACUCAACCAAAAAAAAAGAAUCACAUUCUUGAAAAAUCCCAAAAAAAAAAGAAAAACAACCAUGAACAACAACAACGCUCUUCAUUACUUCUCAGAACAAAACAACAACACACAAGUUCACGUGUGGAACAACGCAGCAUUCGACGGUGAGGAUUUCGCGAUGAAGACGUGUUCUCUUUCUUCAUCAUCCGAUUCCAUCAAAGAGAAUUUAAGCCCAACCGCACUCAACAUUAUUCCCUCUUCAAAAAAAACCCUAAUUCCACUUAAGAACCAAAAAAACAUCGACGAAGAAAUCGCUGAAAUCGAAUUCGAAAUUGAGCGUUUAACUUCAAAGCUGAAAUCACUUCGUCUCGAAAAAAACGAACGGAAAAUCGCUUCUGAAAAGCGCGUCAGCUUCGGCGGUGGAAGGAUCAUAGCCGCUAAGUUCAUGGAACCGAAGAAACACGCCGUCGUUUUAAAUACAGUAAACGAAGACACUCCGAAACGAAACGGCGUCGUUUUCAACACACCGAAAAAAAACGGCGUCGUUUUAAAAGAUGAAACUCCGAAGAGUAAAAUUAACUGGAGGCGAGGGAUGAGUUUAGGACCGGUGGAGAUCGCCGGUAAAAUAAUACCGCCGGCGAUUACACCGGCGACAUUGAAUCGGCGGAAAUCGUGUUUCGGAAAACCGCAAGAAAAUUGUAGUUUAGAUCCGGUGAAGGUCGUCGGUAAAAUAAUACCGCCGUCGAUAACUCCGGCAACGGUUAAUCGUCGGAAAUCGUGUUUCGUGAAGCCGCAAGAAAGUUUUGAAGAACAGAGAAGAAAAACGAUUUGUAAAGCGAAUUCAGUUGCUGCAAUUGGAUCAAUUAAGAGUUUGAAGAAGAAAGAGGAAGAGAUUGUUGAAAUUCAACCUAAGAAAUUGUUUGAAGGUGAGAAAUCGGUGAAAAAGGCGACGAAACAAGGUAGGGUUGUUGCGAGCCGUUAUAAUUCCGGUGGUGGUGUUGAUUUUAGGAAGAGAUCGUUUUGUGAGAAUAAUAAUAAUAAGGGUUUAGGGAGUGAAAUUAGGGUUAAGAAAAGAUGGGAGAUUCCAAUUGAGGAAGUUGAUGUGAGUGGUUUUGUUUUGUUGCCUAAGAUUUCGACUUUGAGGUAUGUUGAUGAUGAGUGUGCAAGAGAUUCUGGUGCUGCUAAAAGAGUUGCUGAAUUGAAUGGAAAAAAGUCUUAUUUUUGUGAUGAAGAUAAUGUGAUUUUGGAGGAACAAGAAGGUUCUGUUUGUCAGGUUUUGAAUUUUGCUGAUGAUGAUGAAGAACAAGGGUAAUCUUGGAAUUUAUGGUUUUUUAAUAGGGUUGUUUGGAAGUGGCUAAGUUCUGCUUGAUUCUUUUGUUUUUUUAGGUGAAAUUAAGUGUAUGUUUGGAUUGAAUGCGAUUUUGACGGAAUCACGAUGUGUCAAUGUUAUUAUUGACAAUAAGCUUCAACAUAAUAACCGUGAUUUUGAAAAAUUAGUUAUUAGUCCAAACAUGCACUAAAAAAAUUUAUGAUUGUAUCGAUUCGAUUGUUUUUAAAUGUUUUGAAAUAAUGCUAGGAUAAACAAACAUUUUUUCUUGGUUUGUAAUUGUAUAUUGUUUUUGUUUGUUCUAUAAUAAUAUGCAUUGAGAGAGUUUCUCAUUCUAGUACUCA